AUGACCGGAGGCGCUGGCUCCGAAGAAUGCUGGUCAAAGACCUCCGACUACUUCCAAAUUUCAUUGCUGAGCCAAUUACGGAACUUCGUCAACAUUGAGGUGCGUUUUUAGAAUGUUGGACGAAAUGUCACUAUUGAUUUUUUCGAAUUUUUAAUUAAAAUACGAUGAAUUUUGAUAUGGGUGCUCUUCCAUGGAAAAUUUCAGAUAGGAAUAGCUCAAUGGAAGAGACAAAAUGGCCAGGAGAUGGAUUGGGAGGCGGCUAGAGAGGAUACGGUAGCUAAAAUGGAUGCAGAAUUGCCUCCGGACAUUGAAGAUGAAGAUGGCCUGACUGAUCUGGAUUUGUACAGCAAAGUCAUUGGGGCACUCGUUAAGGCAGCUCAUGUGAGUUUCAGAAACUAUACGAGAGUUUUAAAUUUUAGACGAAAUGUCACUAUUGAUUUUUUUGAGAUUUCAAAUUUCGGGUUCAAAUCGAAUUUCUUGAUUUCAGGAGCAGUUCGACAAAAAUUCAUCCCGUGAAACAAUUGUUGAGUGCCCUCACGGCUGCGAAAAGUCGUCGGAUUGGUUCUUUUGGCUCUUUUGCACAUCAGCUAUGUUCACGCUAUUCCUGACCGGUGGAAUUGGUUUCAUGGUCUACAUUCUGGACUAUCAAAGCUGCGAUUAUGUGGACUUGGUCCAGGAGACACAAAAACAGAAAAAGAAAAAACAGGCGCAAGCUCCGAAAUAG